AUGACCAUCAACAAAGCGCAGGGUCAAUCAUUCAGUAAAGUCGGUAUUUAUCUUCCGGAAGAAGUGUUCUCUCACGGGCAGCUCUACGUGGCCCUAUCUAGAGCUAAAACACCCGAAGGGAUUAAGAUUGAAUCUUCAUCCACCUCUUUGAAAAACAUUGUUUAUACUGAAUCUCUCUGCUUGAAUCUUGCUCAUCUUUAG